AUGGCGCCCGCACCACCCCCACAAACAAGCGUCUCAAGCGUCUCGAGCCUCCUCACCCCCUCAUCCAUCACAACCCACCUCCCCAUCACCGUCGCCAAAGCCCUCGAAACCGGCUCCGCCCCCUCCUCCAAAAUCUUCUCUCUCGAAAUCCUCCCUCCAAAAUCCACUUCCGCCCCCAAGAGCAAUCCCACCUCCACCUUGUCCACCUCCAUCCUAUCCAAAACCAGUUCUACCAUUUCCGGCAGCGCCACCGCAUCAGCGACAUCUGCUGCCGAUCAAGGAGUAUUUACUCGGCCUUCAGGGAGUCUAACUGCGAUCAUCACGAUGGUGAUCGUCGCGGUGUUUGUAGCGUAUUGUGUGAUUAGGUGUUGUGUAUGUAAGAGUAUGCGGAAGCGGAAGGAGAGGAAGGAGUUGGAGCGGGAGAGGGGGGAUUUGGAGCGAGAGAGGGUGAGACAGAUGAGGGAGAGGGAGGCGAUUGAGAUGGCGGGGAGGAUGAGAGAGAGGAGUAGGGAGAGGUUGAGGAAGGAUGGGUGGGAAGAUGUGCUUUUGCAUGGGAGACAUGUUGGUUAA